GGCCAAUGCCUUUUUAUUUUAAAAAAAUCCGUUUUAUUGCGAUUUUUGAUUUGUAUAAAGUCUGUAAACUGUCGAUUUUUUGGAAAAUGCAUACGUUAUGUAUUGUACUUAGUUGUGGGAACCGUUUUAAUCGCAAGAAAGUCUAGUUUCAUGUCGUUCCUGCAGAGACAAAACACAGGUUUUUAACGGAGAAAAAUGAUUUGUCUGUACUUUGUUGGGGCUUCAUGGAUUGUAACAAAAGAGAAAAAAUCUUACGAAAUCCAUAUUGAAAAAACAAAAAGUCUCUCUACAUAAAUGGUAUAUGGAUCCAAGCCAUUUACUAACCUCAACAUCAGCUUCUGUCGAUAAUUUGAAUAGCAGAGAAAUAAAAUAAACAUCAGGAAUCAGGGUUCAGGAUUUGGUUAUGAAAAAACUAAACAGGAAGGCAAAUCCUGGAUAGUAGCUACCUAAUUGUUAAGUAGGUAAAGGUUUGUCACAAAGAAAUCAUAACUUUUCCAAACAUCCGGGUUUUCCACUAAUAAUUUCUUAAACUAACAACUUUCCAUCUUAAAAUACGAAAAUUAUCCUUCCAAACACUAGAAAAUCAUCUAAAAACACCACAAAAUACACAAAAAACAUUUUUUCUCGAAACGUCAGAAAAAGGUAACAAAGUGACCAAAUAUUAUUUGGAUAACAAAAAUAUACAGGGCAUUCCAUUUGAAAAAAAUACCUUAUUGGCGCACCCUGUAAACCUAUGACGAUAAAAAAAUAUCGUUGUAGGUUGCAAUUUACCAAGACAUUUCCCAGCCAGAACAUGCCUUUUAUUUUCAAUAAUAUAAGAAGGUUACUGGAGUGUUCCAGUUAUAAACAAACACCUAGUACCUACUUGAAUGGUCUCGAAAAUCGCACCCCUGUUCAGAUAAUUUCAUUAUCAUAUCAUAUAAAGUUGAAUUGCAUGACUUGCAUUCCUUGCUGUCAGGUCAAGGCCAAACAUUCAUUUGAAGGUGCCCAUUAACACAAAUGUCUCAUACGAAAUACCAACAACAUUUUUUCCUACGAGCGUGCGCAAAGUGGUACUUUUCCGCACUCCAUGAAAAGUACUACUUUGCGCAGUCUGGUCGGAAAAAUGUUGUUUGUAUUUCAUAUGCGACAUUUGUGUAAACCUUCGAAUCAAUUUUUGUCCUCGACCUGACUUGUGAAAAUUGACACUUUCAGGUACCAUUAAAAAUCUUAUUUUGCGUACCUACUUAAUAUAAAAAUAACUAUUAAUACACUGAAUCCCAGCAAGGAAUACAAGCCAUUUUGAAUAUAGCUAUAACUUUAUAUGAUAUGAUAAUUAAAUUAUCUGGGACAGUGCAUAGAGCUUUAGUCGGCACUGUCUGGAUAGUGCAGAUUCCAUCGGCACUGUCUAGUCAACACUGGGGCACUAUCUGGACAGUGCAGUAGUCACUCCCUUAAAAAAAAAAUCCCACAAAAUUUUGAAAAUAAAGUGCGGUUAAAAAAUUAUAAACAAAUAUAGCUAAAUAGCCCAAAUAUAGCAAUAAAAAUGGAUAAGAUCAAAUCGAUAAUAGGUCCUGAGGCCUACUCGCUACUCGAAGAAGAAAACUUAAACACAUUCCAACAAAUCGUAAUGACUGAUGUUAACGAUCUCCAAACUAAAACAGGAUGUUCCUUGGAAGAAGCAAAUAAAAUGGUGCUAACAGCUUCUGAGGAAAUUUUAAAAGACAAAUUCAUAACAGCGGAUCAAAUAAAACCUUGUGACCGAAUCAGUACAGGCUGUGAAAACAUUGAUAAAAUUUUAUUAGGAGGGCUACCAGUGAAUGGCAUUACGGAAAUUUACGGCUGUAGCGGAGUUGGAAAAACACAAUUUUGUUUGCAACUUGCUUUAAAUAUACAAUUGCCCUGUCAACCACAGACUGUAGGAAAAGAAGUCCUCUACAUAGCCACUGAAGACGUAUUCCCAUCAAAAAGACUAAAUCAAUUAGCCCAAUUUUACAAAGCAAAACAUAAACUAGAUUUUGAAGACCAAAUUCUUAUUGUUCACAUUGCAGAUUCAAUCCAACUACAAAAAUAUUUAGUAAAAUUACCACAUAUUCUAUCAAGAAAGAAUGUAGGAUUAAUAAUUCUAGAUUCCAUAGCGGGUAUAUUUAGAAAUGAAACUGAGAAUCCAAAGUACAUAUCCAGGAGUCAAGAUUUUAAAUUGAUUGCAACAACUUUAAAUAAUUUACAAGAUCAGUAUAAUUGUGGAAUUUUAGUGGUCAAUCAGGUAACAGAUAAUGUGGUGACUGGCCUUGCUGAACCAAGCUUAGGACUUUCUUGGGCAAACAAUGUUAAUUGUAGAUUAUUUUUUUUUUUUUUUUUUUUGAGUUUUACUUUAUUUACAAACUGACUACUUUUGUUAACUUCUUGGGUAAUGUUAGUUUAAUUUAGAUCCUUAUUAUGUAGGUACCAAAAUUACCACAUAGCUCUUUGCACACCCGACAAUUUAUUAUAAUCAGCAAGAUGCCUGAAUACGAUACGACUCAGCCUCCACCGAUAUACGCCUCCUCUGGGUCUAGAUGUUAUAACACACCGAUUAGUUGUGUGAUGUAAUAUAGAAUCUCUAGGAAGAGCUGUCAUUUCUGCUGUAGCCAAUUCGCGUAGUUCUGCCGGUAGAAUGUCGUUUUUUCUCAGGGAAUUGAUGCGAAGUCUCGUCGGCGCGAACUCCACCACUGUUUUUCGUCGUUUAACGUCCCUUAUCAUCCAGCGGUUCAC